AUUCUUUAUCGCCAAUUGAUAUAGGCCCACCAAUUUGUAAGCACUGCACCAUGGCUGGCACGUUAGUCGGGAUGUUUCAAGUGCGCUUUCUGUGUUUCCUUGCAGUGUGUCGUCUAGGGCACGGAGCGACGCUGCAAAGGCUUGGUUCAUUCAGCGCAAAGAGCCCUGCAUUUUCCACCCUGUACGAGGAGGCGCGGCCGGCGACCCCCGGAGACCGCUACAGCCUGAUUGUGUCCACCUUCUCCGGCCCGACUCUCUUCUCCAGCAGCGUCGACAGCGUGCAGCUCGUGCGGAGUGUAGGCGCAAAACUGGGAAACAUUGGGGCCAUAACACCGGAAGUUGUCACAAAAGAUGUAACAUGGCCAAACGAAAUAUCAAUCGUUCCGGACGGUGUGUUUAACGAAAAGAUGCUGGCAAUUCCCGAUGGGUUCCUGGUUCCGUUCAAAACCAACGGGGCGGUGAAACUGGUAGACAUCAGUACGCCUGGAAGCAGUCAGGGUCCGUAUGUGCUGACAGAUCAUUCCAGCGGAGACUGGUUCUAUCAUCGCGUCGAGUGGCACGACAUGGAUGGAGAUGGAGAUCAGGACAUUGUCACUUGCAGAGCGCGGGAACCGGUCGUUCCAGUCAUAUUUGGCCGAGAGGACGAAGAGCUGGUGUGGCUGGAAAAUCCUGGCGGCAACUUCCGGCACACGUGGACCAGCCACGUGCUCACGCACGGACCCGAUGUUUACUUCCGGUUCACACGGAUGGCAACCCCGGAUGGCAUGAAGGAGUGCAUCUUCACCGCCCAGUUCUUCACUGAAAGCAUUUCCGUUUAUUGGACUUCCGACUCAAGCGGGCUAUUCACCGAUACCAAGCAGCUGCAGUCCCGUGUGAUAGACGCGUCUAUCGGACGUGUAUUCGAGGUGGACGUGGCGGACCUGAAUGGGGACGGCCGCCCUGACCUCCUCGUCACCACCAACGGAAACAAUGGCACCCUCCUCGCUUACGAGAUUCCUGAUGAUUUCAGAACCGGCAAGUUUGUGAAGCACACCAUCGCCGUAGGGUUCAGCCCCCGGUCUAAAAGCAUAGGGAAGGGGGCACCCGGCAGUGCUAUAGCCGUCCACCCUCAACCCGCCAAAAACACGAGCAAGCCUGUUAUCCUGUUGUCGGGGGAUGACGAUGGACGGGCGUACGUGUUCGAGGCGGCCAGUCAGGACCCAGCAGCCUGGGCGUACAACAAGCAAGUUUUCUUCGACGCCGGGGACGCAACCGUCGGAGAGCUGUCUGCCGCCGACGUCGACAACGACGGUUACACUGACGUGUUCGUGCCGUCAUUCAACGGUAACGAGGUGAUCGUGUACAGUUUCCGGCCGGCUCUCAGUGACCAAAACAUCCUUGGCUGAAUACUCACAUGAACUCGGGACAGAUGUGGAUCAAUAUAUUAAAUGUUUUAUUGUU